GUCCAGCGAGUCCAUGGCAUAGGCAGGAGCGAUGCUUUCUUUCCUUCAGUCACUCAUUUGCGUAUCUUCGUUCUUUUGCUUCACAACUGCUCAACAGCAAUACCUCGAGCCAGCACCAGCAUACGUGAUUAAACCAGAUCCCACAGUAUACCAAGAUUGGACACCCAAAAAUCCAGGACACGGAGACUUCAGCGAUAGAAACAGCUCUGUAACACCAUGGCAGCCUGUAUCCCACCGCCCACGGCCUUACAGCACACCAUCAGUAUGCGGCGUGCAAAGUCCCGCAAAGCAAAGCCAAUACUGGCUGCCGAAUUUGCCGGCAAGAUUGGAGGGAUUUAGUCCAUUCCUUGUAGAUGGACGGGACUACAAGGUCUUUCGCAAUGUGAAGGACUAUGGUGCAAAAGGGGACGGGGAGACGGAUGACACAGAUGCAUUCAAUCGCGCCAUUUCCGACCAGAGUCGCAUGGCGGGCGGCAUGGGCAGAGGAGGAUCAACAGGGCAACCAGCACUCAUUUACAUUCCCCCAGGAACUUAUAUCAUUUCUUCAACUGUACAGCUAUUCAUCGGCACCCAAGUCAUGGGAGAUGCCAUACACAUGCCCACAAUCAAGGCUUCAUCUAUCAUGAGGAAUGAUACGCACAUGUUUUCCGGCUUUGAUUUCGGCCAGCCAUCUACCACGAAUUUCUACAUUGGGCUGCGCAAUGUCAUGUUGGAUACAUCGGGAGCAGAUCCAAAUGAAACCAUCUACGCGCUCAACUGGGCGGUCUCUCAAGCGACCAAUCUCAUUAACGUCAAUUUCAACAUGCCGAAGGGUAGCAAACACAUUGGCCUCACGAUGGACGGCCAUCGAGGAGGUGGUAACUCCGGCGGCGGUUCAGGACUAUUCAUGGGCGAUCUUACCUUCACCGGAGGACUUAUCGGCGUGAUCUUCAACAAUCAGCAAUACGCUUUCAAGAACCUGAAAUUUCAGGACGUCGCCACCGGGAUUGCUGUCAGACAUGCUUUCACGCUCACUAUGCAAGAGAUCCACUGCAUAAACGUGGGCAUCUGCGUCGACAUGGGUGGUAUCGACGUUACUGGAUCAAUUGCCCUCAUUGACAGCAUUUGUGAAACAUGCGGUGUAGUGGUCAACGGCACCAGCACGAUUAUCCUCGAGAACAUCGUCACCCAGAACUCCGGACCUACACUCAAAGUGAACGGAACUGCGAGAUCGAUCGGCAGUCUUGUCGGCAGGACAUAUGCCCUGGGCCACGUCUACAAGGCCUCGGAAGGCAACGCAACCAAUACCAACGGAACAUUCCUCCCAUACACAACCCGCGGCAGCCUAACUGCCAGCGACGGACGCUACUUCAACAAACGCCAACCCCAAUACCUCGACUAUCCCAUCUCAGCCUUCGCCUCCAUCAAAGACGCCGGCGCAAGAGGAGACGGCGUAACUGACGACACCGCCGCAAUCCAACAAGCCCUCGUGGCCAACGCAAACUGCAAAAUCACCUACUUCCCCCACGGCAUCUACCUCGUCACCGACACCAUCUACAUUCCCCCCGGCUCCCGCAUCGUAGGCCAAGUCUGGUCGACAAUCACCGCCAGCGGCCCAAAAUUCUCCUCCGAAACCUCUCCCCGCCCAAUGCUCCAAGUCGGAAAACCCGGCGAAACCGGCCUCGUCGAAGUUACAGAUAUGUUAUUCACAGUCUCCGACAUGCUCCCAGGAACAAUCCUCGUGCAAGUCAACAUGGCCGGGACCAAGGCGGGAGAUGUAUCCUUCCACAACACACAUUUCCGCAUCGGAGGCGCCGUCGACUCGCGUUUAAGAACUUCAUGCCAAGAAGCCUCCAAACCUUGCAAAGCCGCCUUUCUCCUCCUACAUCUAUCCCCCACGAGUAGUUCCUAUUGGGAAAACUCCUGGUUCUGGACCGCAGAUCAUGAUUUGGACGGGGAAUUUCCCCAAAACAUUGCGACGGGGAGGGGAGUUUUGAUCCAAGCGAAAAAAGGAACGUGGUUGGUGGGUACGGGGUCGGAACAUCAUACGUUGUAUGCGUAUCAGUUUGAAAAUGCGCAGAAUGUGUUUGCCGCGUUGUUACAGGUUGAGACGCCGUAUUGGCAGCCUUCGCCACGAGCGCCGGCGCCUUGGGUUCCGAAUGCGACGUGGCAGGAUCCGGAUUUCAGCGGUUGUGAGGGUGGGAAUGUUAGUCAGUGUUAUAUGGCGUGGGCGUUGAGGAUUUUUGGGGAGGAGACGCGGACUUUGCCGUUGUAUGGGCAUGGGUUUUGGACGUUUUUCAAUGGGCCGAAUUAUGGGGGGUGUGAGGCCGGGCCUGAGGGGAAUUGUCAGGUGAAUGUGGUGGAUUUGCGGGAUCUGAGGAAGGGGAAUGGGGUGGAGUUGUAUAAUUUGAAUACCAAGGGUGUUCAGAAUAUGGUGACGCUUGGAGGAGUUCAGUUGCUAAAACGCUGGAAUAGUGGGAGUUGGGGAGCUGUGGUUGCGGCUUACUUGGGGUUUGAGUAA